UCGAUCAGCUGAUCAUAUAUUUAAAGCUCAACAACAAUAAGUACCUAGUACUACCUACUUUUAACCAUACCAGUACCUCGAAGCAAGUCCUAGACAUCGAUAUCGAUAUCUAAAUCUAAAUCUAAACCUAAACCCAAACCCAAGUGGAAUAUCAGUCAGUGCUUGAUAAGGCUUGACAACGCUUAAGAAACGCGUCGCGGCACUCAUCAGAUACCUGCCCCCAAAACUUUUUUUUAUCUGCCCGAUAAGAGAAAAGAAGAAGAACGAACGAACUAACUUCUCUCUUCCGCCUCGUCCAUUUCAUCAUAACCUACUCGUACCACAUCAACAACUAUUCUUUCUUCCCCCUACCUGUUCACCUCUAUCACAUCUCGAAUUUCCGUCAAAUCGCAAAUUCUGCACCAUGGCUGCGUCAAUUCAAACCGUCUCGGAGAGCAAAGAGUUGCGCGGGCUCAAUUUAAUCGCCGCUCAUUCUCAUAUUCGCGGCUUAGGUGUUGAUCCGGAUAGUCUUGAACCCCGCGCAUCCUCCCAGGGACUUGUAGGUCAGGAAAAGGCGCGUAAAGCUGCUGCCGUCAUUUUACAAAUGGUCAAGGAAGGGAAGAUAGCAGGUCGAGCAGUCUUAAUUGCGGGUCCUCCGAGUACUGGAAAGACGGCGAUAGCAAUGGGAAUGGCACAAUCUCUAGGCUCGGAUGUGCCAUUUACCAUGUUGGCCUCUUCAGAAAUAUUCUCCCUCGAAAUGUCAAAAACUGAAGCCCUUACUCAAGCCUUCCGAAAGUCGAUAGGCGUGCGCAUAAAGGAGGAGAGUGAGAUGAUUGAAGGAGAGGUCGUUGAGAUCCAGACCGACAGGAGUGUAACAGGUGGUACGAAGCAGGGCAAAUUAACUAUCAAAACCACCGACAUGGAGACGAUAUACGACAUGGGAAGCAAGAUGAUCGAUUCCAUGACAAAGGAGCGCGUAAUGGCGGGUGAUAUUAUUUCAAUUGACAAAUCCUCUGGCAAAAUCACCAAGCUGGGGCGAUCUUACGCAAAAUCAAGAGAUUACGAUGCAAUGGGUGUAGAUACAAAGUUCCUGCAGUGUCCUGACGGAGAGCUUCAAAAGCGCAAAGAGGUUGUCCACACUGUGAGUUUACACGAGAUCGAUGUCAUCAAUUCGAGAACGCAAGGUUUCUUAGCUCUCUUUUCAGGAGAUACUGGAGAAAUCAGAAGCGAGGUUCGCGAUCAGAUCAAUACGAAGGUUGCAGAAUGGAAAGAAGAAGGAAAAGCCGAAAUUGUGCCUGUCGUUCUUUUCAUCGAUGAAGUCCACAUGCUGGAUAUCGAAUGCUUUUCGUAUAUUAAUCGUGCGUUGGAAGAUGAGCUCGCACCUAUCGUCAUAAUGGCAAGCAACCGCGGAAACUCUAGAAUUCGAGGCACGAAUUAUAAGAGUCCCCAUGGAUUACCUCUUGAUUUCUUAGACCGGGUCGUCAUUGUUAGCACUCAUCCAUACGCCAAGGAAGAGAUUCAGCAGAUUCUCUCCAUUCGUGCACAAGAGGAGGAGGUCGAUGUUUCACCCGAUGCACUAGCUUUACUUACUAAAAUUGGGCAAGAAACUGGUAUCAGAUAUGCCAGCAACCUCAUUACCACAUCACAACUUAUCUGUGCCAAGCGAAAGGCCAAGCAAAUUGGUAUCGAAGAUGUUCAACGGAGCUUCACUCUCUUCUUCGACUCUGCACGUAGCGUCAAAUUUGUUACAGACUUUGAAAAACGUCUCAUUGGGGAGGAAGGAGGUGUGAAUUUGUCAGUGACCAAUGGUCAUGGCGAUGCAAUGGAACUUUCAUGAAUGACGAAGGGUUCGAAGGGUUUUAGAUAUGAUCGUUUGGCGUUGGUCGUUCCUAUUUGCUGUGGUAAGCAAGCAAAUAGUAGAACUUUAUGUUGUAUAUUAGGGCUGACUAAAAGUGGGCGCAAUUACGGAGAUGUAAUGGAAUGGGCAAACUUCCUUUAGCUGAGAUAUGAUGCAAUACACUAAUCCUAUGUAUGUGAAUGGCUUGGAGAUGUCAUAUAACUCAUGUGAUCAAUCGAGAACGAUGUACUUGUCUUUGCACUAUCGCAGCAAAAUAAGCCAACUUUAACAUGUAACUAUAAACUAAUUACGCCCAUUAAUUCUUUGUAUCCCGGGUAUCAUGGCAUAAUCAUACAAAAUCCGCAACUCUACUCCAAUUAUCCUCCUGCCCUACUCUUUUAAACUCGACUCCCUCUCCAAAGUAGCCCGCAUCUUGCCACGCUACCAUAGUCGGGCCAUCAAAAGGACCUUGUUUGGCAGCCCCGUCCCGACCAUCAGUCCAUCUGUAUUCCCACAUUUUGGUGGGCGCGGGGCCAUUCUCUUCGUUCAUAGCCACUUCUUCGGAUGGCUCUUCCCAGUCUUCACCCGUCUCUCUCCGAUAUUGUCGUAUAAGCAUCUCUCUCUCCUGCUCAUAAACAUCCAUUUGGCCUCUUAUGAGCAAUUGAUCAGCAGCGCCUGUAAUAGCGUUUAUAGCAUCUCGUAUUCUGGUCUGUUCCGGGUCUUCAAUCUUCUCAGCAUCCACAUCCAUAGAAUCAUCCUUUUGGGUUUGCUUCUUUAAUUUCCAUUUCGGUAUUUUCUUCGUCUUUACUUGGCUCUUUCCAAGCCUUGCCAGCGCUUCGAGAACUGUCUCGGCUUUAUCCAAUCGUAAUAUUAAUGUUCGUAAGAUAUCUGAGAGUAACAUGGCAUCAUCCUCGAGCCGUUUUUGCCGCCGUUCCUCCUCCCUUUUCUCGUGUGCUUCUGCAGCUUUCUUCAUAUCCUUCUUGCUAAUUCCUUCCAGCCAAGUGUCGUGCACUGCAUCUCGAUCCGCUGCAUUUCGCACAAAAUUGCCAUUCGCAUCAAAUUUGCCUUCUUCCUGUUCAGCCUUCAUAUUGAAGGCAUCGACCUUAGGGGCAUUCCUCUUCAAUCCACCGGCACCAACCUCCUCGUCCACGUCUUCUUCUUGUGCGGCCAACACGGCAUCCUCUUCGUCAUCGCUGCUCUCUUGGUCGUCCAUCGCGUGCGUUGAUAAUUUUCCUUUUGGGUCUAAUGCAAAGUUCCCAGAUACAUGACCUCCACUCUUGCUACCCAAAACCUGACCUUCAAUUUCAUCUUCCUUCAAGAAUCGUACUUCUUUCCCUUUUUUGCGAGCCUUCAGUUCACUCUCGUCCUCAUCGCCGUCCGCAAAUUCAUCCUCCAAGUCUGCAAACAUGUCCGCAUCUUCCUCCAUAUCCGUCUUCCCAUUUGUCGCACCAGGUUUCUCCUUGCUAUAUCCAUCUAGGGCUUCCGCCAGAUUUACCUCGCCCUUCUUUCCUUUGGCUCUUUCGUCUGCACGCGCGUCGAAACCCUCAUUAUCAGAAUCAGAAUCGUAACCAUCGAUAUUAACCGCUCCUCUUUUGGUACCAGUUCCUCGACUUCCGAUAACAUCUGCAUCCAGAACUGCAUCUUCCUCGGGUUCGUCAGCUACCAAAGCAGAUGGGUUUCUUAGAUCGAAUUUUGGUUUCUUUGAAGGGCCAUCCUCAUUUUCAUUCCGAUGCGAACGGGCAAAUUCUUCGCCAGCACGUUUCGGUCGCGCAGCUGCGUAUCUGGAAGACAUAUUGUAUUUCUGAUUCGCUAUCCCUUUGAAUUGAGAAGCUUCGAGACUUUGAAAUAUGAAUAAUAUAAAGUAAAUGCUGUCUUUCUUUGCAAGGUUCGGGAAACAUUUGAAGCUUUAAGGUUU